AAAACAAAUAUAAGAAGAAAGACCUUCCCUUUGCUGCUCUGCGAACCAGAGAAAUCCGCUGGCUGUGUCUUCUCUGUACUGACCUCAGUAUCUUGUGUGCCAUGUUCAUGUUGAUGACUGAGGCAGUGCUCUAUAAUCCAACCACACCAGCGAAAUUAAUCGGAUAUGUGAAUAACUCGAGAGAAGAAGGCAAAAGUUUGAGCCGCACAAUUGGUCGCCCGAACUAUGAUCAUGUUUUCAUUGAUAAACGUGGGAGACCGAGGACAAUAAAUCCUAAAAAGUUAUCGAGGAAGAAAGGUGGUUCCCUAAGAGGUCGAGGAUGGAAGUAUGGAUCUGGGUUUGUCGAUGGAGUCUUUCCUGUUCUUAGCCCCAUGGCUGAGCAGAUUCUGAGGUUUGUAAUGAAGGAAAUGGAUGCUGAAAGGAUUUGGGCUUCACUCGAUACCCUUCCUCCUACCCACAAUUUAUGGGAUGAUCUCAUCAAUGUAGCCGUCGAGCUUCGUAUAAAUAAGCAGUGGAGUCCUAUAGUGCCAGUUUGUGAGUGGAUUCUGUUCAAGAGCUCCUUUCAUCCUGAUGUAAUCUGCUACAACUUGCUGAUAGAUGCUUAUGGACAAAAGCACCAAUACAAGAAGGCAGAGUCGAUUUACUUGCGCCUUUUGGAAGCUCGAUGCAUCCCAACUGAAGAUACUUAUGCUCUUCUCUUGCAAGCGUACUGUAUAUCUGGUUUGCUAGAGAAACCUGAGGCUGUUUUCCUGGAGAUGAGAAAACAUGGCAUCCCUCCAAGUGCUGUUGUGUACAAUGCGUACAUAGAUGGUUUAUUGAAAGGAAGAAAUACACAGAAGGCUGUGGAAAUUUUUCAGAGAAUGAAGAGAGACCGGUGCAAGCCAUCUGCUGACACUUAUACUAUGAUGAUUAAUUUAUAUGGGAAGGCUAAUCAAGCAAUUAUGGCCCUCAAAGUUUUUAAUGAGAUGAGAACUGAGAAGGUCAAGCCGAACAUAUGCACAUACACCGCUCUUAUCAAUGCUUUUGCAAGGGAAGGACUUUGUGAGAAGGCAGAAGAGAUAUUUGAGGAGUUGCAACAAGCUGGACACGAGCCUGAUGUUUAUGCUUAUAACGCACUCAUGGAAGCUUACAGUCGUGCAGGUUAUCCGUAUGGAUCUGCUGAGAUUUUCUCUUUGAUGCAGCACAUGGGAUGUGAACCCGACAGAGCCUCGUAUAACAUUAUGGUAGAUGCAUUUGGACGAGCCGGUCUUCAUGAAGAUGCCCGUGCAGUAUUUGAAGAGCUAAAGCAUCAAGGGAUGACACCCACCAUGAAAUCCCACAUGUUACUCCUCUCUGCCUACUCCAAAUCUGGCAACCUCCCUAAAUGCGAGGAGAUCCUCAACCAAAUGCACAAGUCAGGCCUCCAACCCGACACCUUCGUGCUCAACUCCAUGCUCAAUGCCUACGGAAGGAUGGGUCACUUCGAAAAGAUGGAGGAAAUCCUAUCCAUAAUCAAAAGAGGCUCGUACAAACCAGAUGUAAGCACGUAUAACAUCCUUGUAAACGUCUAUGGACGAGCUGGGUUUAUCGAUAGAAUGGAGGCGGCUUUCGGUUCUUUGGCUGGUGAGGGUUUGAAGGCAGAUGUUGUGAGUUGGACGUCGAGGAUGGGGGCUUAUUCAAGGAAGAAGAUGUACGUGAAGUGCUUGGAGAUACUUGAGGAGAUGGUUGAUGCCGGUUGUUAUCCUGAUGGAGGGACUGCUAAAGUUCUUCUUGCUUCCUGUGAUAGUGAGGAACAGAUUGAGCAGGUUAGUACUAUUGUUAGGAGUAUGCAUAAGGAGGUGAAAGCUGUGUUUAAGAUUUGAAUGGAUUUAUGUACUGAUUGUGUUCUUCGGACUGCGUUCGUAUUAGGUUGUAUUUUUGUAACUUGUAAAGGUAAAGGACUAGCGCUAACAAGAUCCUUCUGCCACACCAAUUUAUCGAAAAUUUGAAGUUAUACUA